ACCACGGCAUCGCCCAGCAGCGUCCCUCCCAGCCUCCAUGCCUCCACCGUCAGCAGCAUCUUCAGUGCUCGACCUCCGCAGCCUCGAGAAAGCGUCCUUGGCAUUAGCUUCAAGCCCUACAGCCCAGAGUCCGGCCCAGCCCCGGCUGCCUGCACGACCUGUGAGAGCGCACGUAAAGGAUCCUCCAUGUUCAGAGCUCCCUGCAUGAGCCAGCGUCGUCUUGCACUCAUCUUCUGUGUGUCUGUCCUCAUCGUGCUGCUCAUCGCCCUCAUCCUGCUGUUUAUGUUCUGGCGCUCGCAGACUGGCAUCGUGUACAAGGAGCCUGCCGAGAGCUGCAAGGACAGCCCAGUGCGCUGGGGCGGCAUCGUGGACUGCUCCCAUUUUUUUCAGAGGAGCGACGAGCUGGGCUGCGUGCGCUUCGCGUCCGACGAGUCCUUGCUCCAUGUCUACUCCAGCGCUGAGAGCCAGUGGCUGCCGGGGUGCAGGAUUGACUCCUUCUCCAGAAAGACCUGCCGGCAACUGGGAUUUCAGAAUGCGUCACAGACCGAGUAUGUUCCCCUUCGUGUCUCCGGCAAGAGCCUCACCGUGACUGACGAGCGGGAAACCAUCCAGCAGAGCCUCAACAGCUCACAGUGUCUCACGGGAAAGUACGUCUCCCUCCGAUGCACAACCUGCGGGCAGAGGAUUUCUGGCCGGAUCAUCGGAGGAAAGGAAACCUCCGUGAGCAAAUGGCCCUGGCAAGUCAGCGUGCAGUACGGGCCGAUCCACAUCUGCGGCGCUCAGGUUCGCCCAGCCUGCCUCCCCAUGUACGGCCAGCGGUUCCAGACCGGCAGGUCUCCUGGCUUCGGGAAGACCAGGGAGAACGAAGAUAACACAUCUCCGAAGCUUCGGGAGGCUGAGGUGAAGCUGAUUGACUACAAGACCUGCAACAGCGACAAGGUGUACGAGGGGUACCUGACUCCGCGGAUGAUGUGUGCUGGGUACCUGCAAGGAGGGAAAGAUGCGUGUCAGGGUGACAGCGGAGGGCCGCUGGUCUGCGAGGACAACGGCCGCUGGUACGUGGCCGGGGUGACGAGCUGGGGGACAGGAUGUGGCCAGAAGAACAAGCCUGGUGUUUACACACGUGUGACAAAGCUUCUCAGCUGGAUCUACAGCAAAAUGGAGAGUGAGAAUGACUAA